UGAAAACAACAUUCCGUUAAUGUUAAAUGAAUAUAGCGAAAUGACUUCUUACAGAUAAACUAAAGAUAUGUAUUUUUAUUGAUUUCAUUUUUACAUCAGAUUUUUUUUAUUUUGUGGAUUGAGCAAUCGUAUUUUUUACGUACAGGUGGCAAUAACAAAAAAUUUAGCUGGAGAUUGUUACGGUAGGUUGGUAAUUGAUGAAACCAAAAAUAUUAAAAGCAGAAUGUGGGCUAUCUUGAUGUUAACUUUGUCAUUGAUUGUUGGUUGAUUGCUGAGGUAUAAGAAUUAAUUAAAGUAACCUUACAUAUUUUGCAUAUCUACAUAUUUUACACGUAAUACAUCAACCCGACUGGAAAAGAGGAGGGACCUUUGAGUCAAUUAUCAUAUACAUUUGUACGUCAAGGUUGUUAAGAAAGUAAACACGUUUAUAUUCAUUUAAUAUAAUCAUUUUAUACGUUGAUAGUAAAAGUUGUUAAAAACGGUCUUUUUAUAUAGUUAACAUAUUUUGGUCUGUUAUGGCUACUUGGUUUAGAAUUUUUAUUAUAUUAGUGAUUAUUGCGUGUUGUGCAUCUGAUUACAGAAAACUUGGUCGUCUUUUAAAAAGGACAAGACAGCCGAGCACAAGUGAGGCAACACUAUGCCAAGAGUACACGUGUGGAAAAUACAGUUACAGUUAUAUAUCAUGGCGAUUCCCAGGUCUAUUUUAUUCCCGUGAAGAGGCUAAGGAAAAAUGGACACAGUUUAAAACAACAAGACAGAACUAUUUACAGAAACAAGAUGUUCACCUUCCAGUUGGGUUGUUAGGUGACGGUGAUUCAUGCUGUGAGACGAAAGUACAGACAUUUAUAAAUACGACGAUGAAAAACAUUUAUGGACAAAAAAAGUUUAUUGUACAUAUGCCUCCAAAAUAUCAGUUCGUACCUCAUGGAAGUUGUUUGAGAAGUGGUAUUUGUGACGGACAAUGUGUAGUUGAACCAGUGAUCCAAACAAUUUUGACUUUUAACUCAGCCAGUUUAGCUCUUGAAUUUGAUCAAUUUGUUGUUCCUGGAUAUUGUUCAUGCAAAGCAUCAUGAGUGCUGUUGUUGAUAUAUACUUCACACUACCAUUGAAUGAUCACACUUUUCAUGUAUUUGAUAAUGUUUAAAACAUACGAAAAUAUUAUAAAAUAUAUAAUUCAUUAUUAA